AUGCAGACGGAACCUCAUCACACCAACGGAGGAGCAUCACCUCUACCUCCCCCUUCGCCAACCCUGACAACUUCCUUCCGACAUCAACCAGGACCCAACACAGCGGACCCACCCUCUUCCUCUUCAAUAAGACAUCGUACACCGUACACCCAUCCUGACAACAAUGACGACGCUGCACCAAGUGGAGCUGUGAGGAUAAGUAUACAAACUCCUUUUGGUGAUUUGGGUGGAACUCGAUCGAGAAGAAAGGAAGGGUGGCCAUUAUCCCUUACCAAGACUAUAUCGUCCAUCAAAGAUGAUUUGAUACAUGGAAGACUUGAAGGUGCUGGUACAUGGGAGAAGGAUGGUAUGAGAGUGGUCUAUCAUGGUAGAAUCGUUAGGGAUAAUGAGACCUUGCAAGAUAUCAUUGGCAAGAUCGACCCAGAACACGUUUAUGUAUUACAUCUAGUAGCUAGACGAAUACCCGUCACACCCCUCCCUACAUCUGGUAUUAUGCAUCAAAACCUAUCCGAAUUCCCUUUACCUCCUCAGCAGACUAUCAAUCAUGUCAAUUCUGCAAUCCCCUCAACACCAUUUUUGUCUCCCUCGUUACCCUCAGCCACCAAUACCAACUCUUUAGCUCUGGGAGAUACGAUACAUUACCUCUUAUUCACCUCACGACAUCACCUGUUCAACCUUUUAGGCAUAUCGCCGUUGAAAUGGGAUGAGACGAUUCCUCGUCCUACCAUGACCCAAGAAAAAGCAAGGGAAGCUAUCAUAUGCGUAGUAAGGGUCUUCGCGGCCUCGAGAGAAAGUAGAGAAGAAGGAUGGGAAAAUUGGCAGAUUGCCUUUGAGGGUGAUACGGGGGACGAUAUGAAGAAUAUAUGGGAACAACGAAAGAGGGUGGGGGUGGAAAGAGACAUUAGAGCUUUGUGGGCCACAGCAACUGGUAGAACAAUGAGUGAGGGUGGAGACAAGGUACAAGUUGAGGUUGACGGGACGAUAUAUACCUUGCAAUUACCGGCAUUGUCCCAACUCACCGGUUCUCAGCUUGUUCACCUUUUGACUUAUCUCCGAAUCACGACGCUAUUACCACUCAUUGAACCGAUAUAUGACCAAUCUCUUCUACCUCCUCCGACACCUACUCAACCUCAAAUCCAACAUACUCCUACAUUACCUGGUCGAACCCAAGGUUCAGGUCAAGGUCAACAUCCGAAUAGACGAGUGAUUUAUCGACGAACAUUCAAUAUUCGGAUCCCAUUUAUACCCCUUUCCGUCCUUCCUCACCUAUUCUGGUCAGCAUUGAAGAUGACAGCGAUGGUAUGGAUGAUGACGAGGGGAAUGAAAUGGAACGACAAUCGAUUUUGGGUUAUUGUGGGCUUAGCGAGCGGUUGGUGGAUUAUAGAUGCUUUGAGUAAUAUUGGAAGAGUAACGAGGGAAAUCAGAGCUAGGAAUAGGGAACGACAAGCUCAAGCUGGAAACGAAAACCAAAAUCAACAGGAACAAGAUCAAGCUCAACCUCAAGCUCAAGCUCAGGGACAAAAUGCAACCGGUCCUGCGAUAAAUGUUCCAGGUCACGGUCAGAAUCCCCCUGCCAACGUCAAUAUCAAUGUUAAUGGUGCAAAUCGACAACCCAAUCUAGCUAGGAUCAGUAGAUCGACCGUUACAUCUUGGAUAGCUCGAUUCCACUUAUCCACAGAUUCCAGACAACUUCGCUUACCACCUUCGAACCUAAAUGGUGAUGGACAGAAUCCGUUAUUACCUGAACCUCGAUCUAGACCAUCGAGAAUCCAGACUCAGUUGAUCUUACCUAUUUUAUUAUGGUUCAUCACGCUUGUACCUGAGUGGGAGAGCUUGAGGGGUAGAGCCAUAAGGAGGAGAGAAAGAGGUAUGAGGGUUGUGGUUGGCGAGAACCAGCGUCAAGCUCAAGCUCAGGCUGCUCAACAAGACCAGCCAGAGGGUGAGGGUGUAGAUGAAGAAGAAAGAAGAAGACGGGAUAUACUUGCCAACCUCCCCACUGGACUUAGUAUCCCAGCUAGGAAAUAUUAUUUGAGGGUGUUGGAGCGAGGGGAAGGGAUCGAUUGGGAGGAAGAGAGAGAGGCUCAAAGGGCUUUAGGUGUGGGUGAAGAGGAUGGGAAUGGGGAUGGGGACGAUGAAGGGAUGAGAAUGAGGAUGUUAUGA